CCUGCACUGAGGAGACCACAGACACAUACUCUCACCACGUAGAUCCCAGCAGACAUGAUCAUGAUCCUCAACACCGCCUCUCUCACAGCUUUCCUACUCACUCUCUCUGGUUUGGAAGCCAUUGUUACCCUGACCCAAGAGAAAUCAAUAUCUACUCAACUGGCUCAAAAUGUGCAGAUUCGCUGUACGAGGGACAGUACAAGCAGAAACUGGCUUAUAAGUUGGUACCAGCAAAAGCCAGGCAGUGCUCCGGCAUUCUUGCUUGCUGACAGCACCAGAGCCACUGGUCUUCCCAGUAGGUUUACGUACACUGACAGUGGAGUUAACGAGUACCUUAACAUCAACGGCGUUACGGCAGAUGAUGAGGCAGUUUACUACUGCGGGUGCAUUAUCUGUGAUAAUCACGGCAGCUUGGGAGGAGGCACACGUUUGAUCAUUACCAAUGCUCAUCCUCCGACCCCCCCUGGUGUGGUCUUGUUGGCCCCCUCCCAGGACCUCUCCUCUGGGGACAGGGCUGCUGUGGUGUGUCUGGCUCAGGGCUUCUACCCUGACGGUGCCACCCUGACCUGGUCAGAGGAUGGCAAAGCUGUGGCGGGCACAGAGUUCCAGACGGGCGAGUCUCAGCGCCAGUCUGAUGGCACCUUCUCCCUCAGCAGCGUCCUGACGGUCCAGCCGGAACGCUGGCGCUCUGGACACACCUACACCUGUCAGCUGAGCCACUCCGCCCUCUCCAGCCCUCUGAGCAAGAGUGUGGCACACGGCCAGUGCAGCUAGAGGCAGAGAGCAGGAGGCAGUUCAGAGGCAGAGCAACACAAAUGAGCUAUUUUUGCCUAAAUGCAGCCAUAGGAUUCUCUUAGAUACAGUAUAACAGUCUCUUCUGACUCAAUAUCAUAGCAAUAUGAUAGAACAAAUUUAAUUUCUGGAUUGUAUUUUAAUCAGUAUUUACUUCCUUAAAGUAUACUGGUUGUUUUAUCAUGCAUUGUUGAAAGAUCGUUCUGUUUACUUAAAGGUAGGGUUGGAGAUCCUGGAAAACGAUUCCAGCAAAGCUGCAUUUUGAAAAUACACAGGUCAAAAGUACCAGCCCCUUUCUUCAGACUUCCCCCCGAAGCCACGCCUCCAGAGUACAGGAACGCGCAAUGCUUGUUCACGAGCAGGAAAGUGCACGAGCUCUGUUCUGGUUCACGAGCACGAAGGUGCACGAGCGCUGUUCUGACCUGUCCAUGGUUCUGAAAGCAAGCAUCG